CCCGCCCCAUUCUCCAGCUUUCCAUCACCCCGCCCCUUUCUCCCGCUUUCCAUCUCCCCGCCCCAUUCUCCCGCUUUCCAUCACCCCUCCCCAUUCUCCCUUCUUCCAUCACCCCGCCCCUUUCUCCCGCUUUCCAUCUCCCGCCCCAUUCUCUCGCUUUCCAUCACCCGCCCCAUUCUCCCGCUUUCCAUCACCUCGCCCCAUUCUCCCGCUUUCCAUCACCCCGCCCCAUUCUUCUGCUUUCCAUCACCCCGCCCCAUUCUCCCGCUUUCCAUCACCCUGCCCCAUUCACCCGCUUUCCAUCACCCGCCCCAUUCUCCCGCUUUCCAUCACACCGCCCCAUUCUCCCGCUUUCCAUCACCCCGCCCCAUUCUCCCGCUUUUCAUCACCCCGCCCCAUUCUCCUGCUUUCCAUCACCCCGGCCCAUUCUCUCGCUUUCCAUCACCCCGCCCCCUUUUUCCUCUUUCCAUCACCCCGCCCCAUUCUCCCUCCUUCCUUCACCCCGCCCCAUUCUCCCGCUUUCCAUCACCCUGCCCCAUUCCUCCGCUUUCCAUCACCCCGCACCAUUCUCCCACUUUCCAUCACCUCGCCCCAUUCUCCCGCUUUCCAUCACCCUGCCCCAUUCUCCCGCUUUCCAUCACCCCGCGCCAUUCUUCCGCUUUCCAUCACCCCGCCCCCUUCUCCCUCCUUCCAUCACCCCGCCUCAUUCUCCCUCCUUCCAUCACCCCCCCCCAUUCUCCCGCUUUCCAUCAGCCCGGCCCAUUCUCCCGCUUUCCAUCACCCCGCCCCUUUCUCCCGCUUUCCAUCUCCCUGCCCCAUUCUCCCGCUUUCCAUCACCCCGCCCCAUUCUCCCGCUUUCCAUCACCCCGCCCCAUUCUCCCGCUUCCCAUCAUCCCGCCCCAUUCCCCCGCUUUCCAUCACCCCUCCCCAUUCUCCCUCCUUCCAUCACCCCGCCCCAUUCUCCCGCUUUCCAUUACACGCCCCAUUCUCCCGCUUUCCAUCACCCCGCCCCAUUCUCCUGCUUUCCAUCACCCAGCCCCAUUCACCUGCUUUCCAUCACCCGCCCCAUUCUCCCGCUUUCCAUCACCCCGCCCCAUUCUCCCACUUUCCAUCACCCCGCCCCAUUCUCCCGCUUUUCAUCACCCCGCCCCAUUCUCCCGCUUUCCAACACCCCGCCCCAUUCUCCCGCUUUCCAUCACCCCGCCCCAUUCUCCCGCUCUCCAUCACCCCGCCCCAUUCUCCCUCCUUCCAUCACCCCGCCUCAUUCUCCCUGCUUCCAUCACCCCGCCCCAUUCUCCCGCUUUCCAUCACCCUGCCCCAUUCUCCCGCUUUCCAUCUCCAGGACCACGCAAGCUCUAAGACCAGGCAAGCUCCUGGACCAGGCAAGCUCCAAGACCAGGCAAGCUCCCGGACCAGGCAAGCUCCUGGACCAGGCAAGCUCAUGGACCAGGCAAGCUCCUGGACCAGGCAAGCUCCUGGACCAUGCAAGCUCGUGA